GUUUUGAACAAUAAAUAAUAAUGACUUGAUGUCAGUUUAUAAAAUAAUUCAAAAGUAAUUUGUUGAUAACAAAGUAAAAAUAACUGAAAAGCAUUGUGUUUAUCACAUUUUGAAGUAUGUGAAAUCGGUUGGUUGAAAACAUAGUUAUAAAUCACAUGCGAUUGAUUCUAUAACUUCCUGUUUUCUACUUGUAUUCCCCCCCCCAUGAAAGCAUUUAAAAUCAUUUAAAAGAUUGAUUAAGGGGGUAUGAACUCACCUGUAGUGGGUGGUUGUGGAUGAACAGAAUGAUGUAGGAUCCUAAGUGUCAAGUGAAGACUUGUACACAGACAAUGAUCCUAGUUAACAUAUAAUCACAUAUAUGUAUCCAAUUAGGCAUAAAACAACUAAUUAGCCAAGUUUAAGACAUCCUAAGACAUGUAAAACACUUGAUUUAAGUGCUAUAGGUCAUAAGAAUUGCAUCUAAGGGUGGUAGGACCUUGCUAUUGAGUUUAGGGUUCAAGGGUAAACUCCCUUGGAGUUUACGGUUUUGUGACAAUAACUCCUUGAGUUUACGGUCAUAAACCCAUGAGUUUACGGCUGUAAACUCAUGUUUCAUUGACCAUUUUGUGUUUUGAAGCCUCAAAGAUCACAAGAAGCAUUCCUACUCCAUUUUUAAGCCUUAGGAAGAGAUUAGGGCACCAUUUCACUCCUUUUAGGAGUUUACGGUCCUUAGACCAUUUCCCUUUGGGUUUACGGCCAUAAACCCAAAUGAUUAUGGUCUUUUGGUUGUUUUGAGUCCUAAGCACAAUAAGGAAGGGGUAUAGACUAGUUUCCAAGGCUUAGAAGGGACUAGGGCACACUUUGGCAUCCUUUUUAGGGUUUACGGUCCAAGAACAUCUUGGACCGUAAACACCUUGAUCUUGUGUUUCUUGGGUGUUUUCUUGAUGUUUAGAAGUGUAACAAGCUUUAUAAUCCACUAGGGUAGGAGUACUUACUAGGUAGAAGCUUGAAAAGGUGUUAAAAGUCCAAGAACACUAGUGUGUGUUCUUGGUGUUCUUGGUGAAACUUGAAGAUCUACACUUUUGGAAUGAUUUCACAGAUGGAAUCAUGUUAGAUCACUAGAUUAAGGUAGAUAUCAACUUAUUAGGGCUAGAAACACUUACAAGUUGAAGAUCUUGAAGAAAUGUUGGAUGAUACUUGACAGAGAAUUUGGUUUUGGAUCUUGAAAAUGCGAAAAGUGGUAAAAUAUGACUAAGUGUCAUAUUUAUACCCCCUUUUUAGGGUUUACGGCCGUAAACAGAUUUGUUUAGGCUGUAAACUCCAAACUCUUGGAGUUUUGGGACAUUAUUGUUGCACAAUAAACCCUAGGGCAUCCUCUCUCCUGUCAUCUCUUGAAUUACUAACUUUAAAACACUAGAACUUAAUCCAAAAAGCCUGAAAGUUAGCAAAAACUGUUCUGACUCUUAUUGAAGUGAGAGGUUGUACAGAAUAGAAAUUUCGGGUUGUCACAAACAUGAAAUAAAAGUAAUAGAACACAUACCAGAUAACAACAUCAUGAUAAAAUAUAUAAAUUCUUUCAUUAAUAAUAAUCUUUUUGAUACAUGAAAAUUUGCCUUUAUAAGGCAUACAAUGCAUGAAAGGAAAUAAAAUCCGAUAGCGCAACGACUCCAUGAGUAGUGUAAUCACUUAGUCAUGUAGUCAGUAGUACACAAAGUAGUACAUACAAAAAAAUCAUCACGGUAGUGGUAAUGGAUGAAGCCGAUCCUAGUCGCGGCGAGAAGGGUCUGGUGGAGCUGACGACGAGGUAGAUGCACCCUGGAGUCUGGCCAGGUGAUGCUGGGUGACUCGAACCCAGGCUUCCGGUGAUGUCUAUCUUGCCUGGUUGUCCCUGACUACCUCAUGUGUCAUCCUUUGCUCGCACUCAACCGCGACUCUCAUGGCAACCAUUUGACUGACGGUUGCCUGUACCUACUCGCCGAUGUCGCGCAUCCUCCUUACCAUCACUGGCAGGGCUCGGUCUGAAGGUCCACCGUGACUCAGGUCGUAAUAGUCCUGGUUCAUACCGAAUGGGGGACGCACCCCUUGCUAGCGACUCCACCUCCAGAUCUCAUGUGCCCAUGGGGGCGUAGGACCGUUGGGACCCAUCCUGUAUGGGGGUACUCUGGCCAUGUACGACGGAUUAAUGACUUCGGACUCCGCGUCCGAGUCAUCUGCAUCUCUACCAUCAGCCUCCUCCUCAUCUGAGUCUGCUACCGGUUCUGCCGGUCCAUCUUCAGGUUCUUCCUCGGGUUCUUCUUCUGGUUCUUCCUCCGGCUCUUCCUCCGGUUCCGACUCUAACCAUCCUCCAUUCCCCUGGUUGGGGAAAUAGGGAUCUCCUGGGUGAUGGAAUCCAGCCAUAGGGUCUGCAUGAGGGGUGAGAAAUGUGUAAGGAGAGUGUAGAUUGCAUUCCAAAUACUCCUAUAGUAUUUUAAUUGUUUAUGUUUGAGUUCCUUAAAGGUUUUUGAACACAAGGUUGUUAAGUUUCUAGAUUCAUUGCCCACCUAGAUCACUCCCAAACACAUGUUGGUCGUAUUUUGAAUAAAUAUAGUUGAUCAGGCUCUAUUUAUCCCUAAUACGACUACAUACUGUCCAGGUUUAACCGCGGUGUUCAGUUUCCUCCAGAGACCUUUAAUGUUAUAGUAUUAGUGCACACCUAGGUAUGCAUGUUAAUUAUUUUAUUCAGAGUGUUUUAGUCUCAUUGUAUUUAUAGUUGCAUAUCUUGCAUGAUCAGAUAUGCCAGUUCACUAUAAACAAUGCUCUGAUACCAAUCUGUCACACCCCCGAACCAGACGGCGGAAACGUCCGGGGGCUUGGGUGACUUCGUUUUUUUGUAGUAUCAUCACGUUGUAUAUAAUUGAAACCAAACAUCAUCAUCAUCAUCACACAUGUAAUAUUACCACUUUCAUUGUUUACAUCAAGUAUUGUAUUUUAAUAUUACAAGCCAAAAUAUCAAAAUAUAGUACUAACAAAAUACAACAAAAUAUCCAGGUAUUCUUGCUGACUAACCUGCUCAACGAUUCCCUGAGAAUACAAGUUAAUUUAAAAAGGUCAACAUAUAUAAUGUUGGUGAGUUCAUAAGUAUAUUUUGACUAAAAUGUUUUGUAUUGCUUUGUAAACACCAGAAAAUCCGAUAUUUUCUGAAAACGGUUUGAAAUGUUUGUGUUAGAUCUUGUAUUAAUGCAUGUGUGUUAAUGCUUGUGAGUGGAUGAAGUGAAAAAUUCCAAGCAACCCGAUGUUGUCUUUUUAUAAAAAGACGUUGUGAUUUCAUUACCCUAAAACUGAAUAGAAAUGAUGAGUGUGUUCCCGUAUUAUCGACGGAUGUUGUAUUCCGUAAAUUUUAUAAUGGUGUUAAUUCCUCUAAGUGAGUCGUUAUAACCAUACUUAAUAAUGACAAAUUCGCCUGUCAUGACGUUCCUUGGGACACCGACGAGUUUAUGGUAAGGUUUGUCACCCUAGACUAGGCUUGUCUAACUGUAGCGAACAGCUUGGGUGUGGGGUGUCACCCUCAUAUAUAUCUAUACACAAACUCUUGCUCUCCCUCCAGGAGACUCUGGUUAUAACUACAGGCUACGAUUGUACACUCAAUAGGUGUCAACCAAAAUGUCUCACAAGAUCCUUAACCAAAUUUACGCAAGUAUGAAGUUGCACAUAAUAUAUUAUUUUUCGUAUAAGUAUUUAGUUUUCAUAGCCCAACGUGUACGUUUGUGAAUGUGUGAAGUCAACAAGCAUGUAAAUGGACCACGAAGGCCCAAUAAACAUGUAAGGUAUAUUACAGGCCCAAAUAAACAUGUAAAAUGACAACUAAGGCCCACUAAACAUGUAAUUUAUAAUACAGGCCCAAUAAGCAUGCAAGGUGUAUUCUAGGCCUAAUAAACAUGAAAAAGAGAACUAAGGCCCAUUAAACAUGUAAAUUAUAUUCCAGACCUAAUAAGAAUGAGAGUGACGUAAUUGAUUCGUUUGUUAUUACGUUGGUUGUUAAUUUUAGUUGUUUACCAAAAUGACAUUAAAAGGCCCAUUUUUAGUAAAAAGACGUUUUUGGUUCUUAAAACCGAAAAUUUACAGUUAAGGCACCUUUUGGUAACAAUGACACUUCAGGUCCUUUAAGGCCAAAAAUUUGUUUUUAAGGCUAAUUUUAAGUAAAAAUAACAUUUUUACCCACUUUUGUCAAAAAUAUCAUUUUUGUCUUAAGUUUAUGAAAAUGUGCAUUCCCGGCCCCAUUUAUAAAUAAAAUUAUAUUUUUGGCCCAAGUUUUAAUAAAUUUACAUUUUCAGCCCUUUUUAUCGAAAAUUUACAUUUUUUGCACAUUUUUUUUAAAAUGACACUUAAGCCCAGAAAGUCCAAAAAUUUACAAUUUUGGCCCAAAAGCCGUGAAAGCCCAAAUGAGGCCUAUUUGUGAUAAUUUACACUUUUAGCCCGUUGAAAAUUGCAAAUACCAUAAAGACUCAUAUUUAUCAAAAAUAAAUCCUUUUUUUUGGUCCCUUAAAGCCGUGAGUUAUAUAAAUAACCUCACAUUUGAGUAUUUUGUCAUUUUUGGCCCUCUCAUGCAAGUUUUCUUAGGUUUAAACAACUUUGAAGUGUUUUAAACCUUUUCUUUACAUAAUAUGUUGUAAUAGGUGUUAUGUUGUAUAAAUAUCACCAUAAGUUAGUAUAUUUUCAAGUGUAUGAAGUUUAUAACCCAUAAUCACACUUAUAUCAUGAAAAACAAACAAAAUCAUGCAUAUACACAUAGAUAUACACAAAACAACUUGUAUUCUCCCCCAAAACAUAGUAAAAACCGAAAAUAGGGGGUAUAAACUCACAAUGGGUUGAUGAUUUCGGUUGUGAUGAAGAAAAUGGAGAGAUCUCGGCCCUUAGCAAGCUUUCUUGAGUAGAUCUCGAACCUAAGGUGGAUCUAAGGGCAUGGAUCACGAAAUGAUGUCUUAAGGAGUGAAGAUUAUCAUAAAAUGAAGCUAAUCAUCAUACUUAGAGAGUAGCUUACCAAAUGAGUGAUGAUCUUUGAAGAAGAGUUCUUGAUCUUUCUCAAGAUACAUACGAAAUUUAAGAGGUGGGAAUGUGAGAGCUUUUCUUGAGAGUUAUGAGUGAAGUUUAGAAGUGAGAGUGUGAGGUUUGGAUGGGAUGAAUGUGGCCAAGAAUAAGAAGAAGAGGGGGAGGAGGGAGAAGUUGAGACAAUAUGGUUCCAUAGGAACAUGAGAUUAGCAUAGAUAUUUGAUAUACAAUUGCUUGGUUAACCUCUAGACAUUAGUGAGGUGGCACUCCCUAAUUAUCCCAUUCUUUCUCUUUUCUUUUUUUAGUAUAGCCGAGAAUGAGGGGGGAGGAAAAGAGAAGGGGUAGGGUUUGGGCCUUGUUUGCUUAUUUUCGAAAUUAUGAGGCCCGAUUUGAAGGCUUUCGGCCCAUUGGGCCCAUAUGAGGGUUUACGGCCCAAAAGUGGUAAGGAAAGGGAGUUUACGGCCCAUUUAAGGUUCAAGAAAGCAUUCACGGCUAUUAAGGCCCAUGACAACAAAGUGAGACAUUUUAGGCCCAAUAACGCCCAUGAGAAGUCUUAUGGCACAAAAUGCUAUUGUUUAAUUAAUGUGGGUCUAUUUAAGGCCCAAAUAGGAUUCAUUGUCCCAAAAUAACCAAAUUGUGAGUUUACUGGCCCAUUAGGCCCAAUAACAGGAUCCUGGUCCAUUCUGAGUUUGAACCAGGAUAUUAGGGUUUCAAACCCAUAGUUGAGUAUACGAGAUGCAUUGAAUUAGGUUUUGAACUUCACUCAUGAGUUUUGAUUCAAAUGGUUGAUUUUGAAUGAGCAUAGGACAUGACAUCAACUUAGAUUACAAGUUAUACAAGAGUUGAUUAGAUGAAUACAAAAUUUCCUAGCAAAAAAUGCUAGUUGUGACACUAUGAUCUUCCCAAUUUUCACUAGGGUCACUAUAAGUUAAGCUACGCUUCUAGUGUAACUUAUAUUUAUAUUCAUAGUCGUUUUUAUGGAUAUAUAAAUAAGAUUUAUCAUUAAUCCCGAUUAUAAUGUUGAAUGAUCUACUUAAGGGAGAGGUGUAUAGAAUGGUCACGUUGGCUUGGUUGUUGGAUUUCAGAAAAGCUAUAUGCCAAAAUGAUCCUGCCUCCUACUGUCCAGCCUGGUUGAUCUUUAUCUCAUAGAACUCUCGGUAGUCAUCGGGAGUAGUGUUGGAUCUAGCUUUCAUGAUCAUAUUGUCAUAGGAACUAUUAAGGUAUAAUAUUCUAGGUUAGUAUAUGUUAGACAUGUUACCCGUUAUGCUGGAGGGAUAUCUUUCAAUCGUCGGAGUAAUUAUCCAGGUAAGUUAUCUCACUAUACUAUUAUUUUAGUCAAAAAUUGAUCAAAUGGAAUUCGACAAUAUUGUAUGAGAGGUUGUGGUGUUUGAUGUAGUGUAAGUGUCAAAUAGACAGAACCUGGUAAUCCUUAUGAUUUGCAACCAUUUGACUCAUGAGAAAUCUUGAAGCUUCCAUAUGGAAAAGAUCUUUGAUUUAGGAGUUCAUCAGGGAGGAUCCUUAACUUAGUGAACUGGGGAAGGAUACCACCUUAAGAAUCAAUUGGAAAUAAAGUCAUCUAGGAGAAAAAAACAGGAAAACUCAUGUUUUGUAAGAUAAUGUUACAAGCCUUGUAUAUUUUUAGGGGAGUAUCCCAACUUCAGACAACAAGUUAAUGUUAAUGCCAAUUAUAAGGCAACACGUUAGUCUUACAAGAUUUAGAAAAUCACUGAGGAAAAUCCGAAAUCGUAUGAUUGUUUUGGUCAAAAAUUACACAAGUAUAAAUCAACCAAAUUGAAUGAGAGGUUGUGAUGUUCGAAUUGUGCAAUAGAGAAAGGUAAAGAGAAUGACACGAUUAUUUACAAGGAAAGCCUUUGAUCCUUGCUAGGAUCUCCGGCACAAAACCUUUGGAGGUGAUAAUGAUCACCUGCCUUGACGAUUUUAUUAAUAUAAAAUGAUAAUUACAGAGAUUAUUUCAGUAAGAACAGGUGAAAAAGUUCGUAGAGUAAGCUAAGAAUAAGUAGAGAGUGUCGUGUGCGAGAUACAUGUGUCAAUUUAUAGUCUAAACUAGCUAACAAGAUGUCCGAUAUUCCCGGGAUCCUCUAUGAUGACCAGUUUUGUGAACGUUGUUUGACUUGGUAUUCCGGGUCUUUAGCAUAGUUGAGACGACUCUCUGUUGAGAAUAAGUCUUUUCUGGACUAUUUCUGCACAUGUGUUAAUAAAGAACGAAAUAUAAUUAUUAUAAAUGUUAGUAAAUAAUAAUAACGGUAAUAGUCGGGAUCUUGAGAUAGUUGAGGAUCCUGAACAUCUGAUGAGAUUUGAGGAUCUUGAAUGCUUUGAGGAUCCUGUCCCUAACAAUUACCCCCACAUUAUUCCUGAAAAUAUAGGAGUUAAUUUCGAGACUAUUAAAGGGAUAACUUAGAAAUAAAUUAAAAAGAGGAGAUAAAGAAGAGUUUAAAAACUGUCCCUUAAUGGAUAAGUUUAAUCUAUCUCAAGGUAACCAAGACGCAGUGAAAUCAUAUUUCUUAUCUCUUCUUUGCUAUAAAUUUAGGCUUCUGUUAAUUUCUUCUCUACUCUCUUCAGUCAUGAUCAUAUUAUUGCGAAGGUAAAUUUUCCUCUUACUUGUUUUCUUUAGUUCCUCCGAUUUUCCUCGUCAUGGUCAAGAAAACUAGUCGUUCUCGAGCUAGCAUUGUUACUUCUCCCGAGAAUGACUUAAGUGAUAAAGCAAUCUUAUCUUAUGAUGAGGUUUUUUCCUUCAACGAUGAGGAUAUGGAAUUGUUGAAAGCCAUUGGGCCUUUUCCUUCCGAUGUAGUUUUUCGACGUUUUGAGGCCACCGUUCAACCGAAUUUUAUUUCUCCGACGUGGGUUUGCUUUCCUGAAUACCCAUUUACUCUAGGUUUUACUUAUCGUUUUACUAGUAUCAUUCAUGAUUUCUUUUCGAGUACCGACAUUUCUUAUAUCCAAGCUAUGCUUGUGGUUUGGAGGAUCCUGUUUUGGAUUGAUCGCCUGAAUCAGUUCAAGAAUAUGGACAUCGGGUUACCUGAGUUGACUCUCGUUUAUGAUCUUUAUACUUUUGACAAUUCUCGCUUCCUGUUAAGAGUUAAGACAAACAAGCCCCACCUCAUUCUGAACUCUAAACAAAAUGAUAGUGCUUGGAAGGAAAAUAGUUCUUCGUGAGAUGUGAUUUGAUUCCCGAUGGGGAUUUCCUGCCAAAAACAUGGAUUAAAAAGGGUAGGAUUUGAAUUUAUAUUUGAAGGAUCUUGAAAUUUACUUACCUUAUUUUGUUUGUUUUGAUGCAACAUUCAAAUUUGAGGAGCUUGUUCCUACUACUGGUGAUUCCGAGGACAAGGUUUCCAAAAUUCUUGCACUUCCUGCACUUGAAAGGUCGUUCAGGGAUCUUUGAAGGUUCCAACACUACUCCCAAGAGAUCUCACGUAGACCUUACAAUUAAGGUUUCAGGAUCCCGAAAGCGGAAGCCUUCUAAAGUUGUGGAUUUUGGUUUAGAGAAUCUUGGCAUUGAGGAUGCUCUCAGGAAGUUUUCGACCAUAUCUCUGCCGAUUUGAAGCUCAAGGAUGAGAGAGCUGAACAGGCUCUUUAGGAACAGGAAAAGAUGUGGAAGGCGACCAAUGAGGAUCUUCUGAAGCAAGUGGAAGUUUUGAGUAAGGAAAAGGCUGAGAAAGAGGAUGAGCAUGCUGCGGAGAUUGAAGAGGUGAUUGCUGAGGUGAAGAGUAGCGCUGUGAUAGCUAUUUCGGAAGCUAAGAUCAAGCUUGCUAAAGAUUUUAAAAAUUAGGGAUCCUGGAAUGAGGUUGGUUGGCUUGAGGCAUUAGCCCAUAUGACUGGCAAGCCUGCUCCUGUCACUAAGGAUCCUGCAUCGCAUCCAUUGGAGGGAGGAAAGAAAGAUGGGGCCAAUGAUGAUUAGACUAAGGUCUAGGUCUGCAAGAAGAUAAAUUAAGUAGUAUUUGCUUUAUGUAAGACAUUUAGCUUUUGCCUUAGUAGGUUGGUGUGCAAAUUUUUGAAUGACAU